CUUAAUUAGGGGUAGAAUGGGCCGAUGGUUUGUGUUCAUGCUGGGCUUUGGGCUCUUAAAACCCUGAGCUUAACUAACGAGUCUGAAAAGGAAAAGGACUUAUUUGGGCUUGGCCAACCCAACCGGAAUCCCAGCUUAUCUGCUUGUCCAAGAAUCAAAGCUUUAAUGAGGUUGCUUCGGAGGUUCGAAGAAGAGAAAUUAGCCUCUUAUCUCUAUGCAUGCAAUUGUUGCUUCUGUAAUCUCUGCACUCCGGGGUUUCCGCUAAGAGAGGCAAAUUCGAAGUCCCCACUCUAUGUCAACAAUGUUGGUGGGUGUAUUAAGGUCAUACCGCCGACCUCUUUUGGUCUGUGCAGAUCCAAAGCCAGGAGAUGAUUGAAUACAUCAAAAACUCUCUCCUCUCCUCCCUCGAAAACUAUGGCUCAUGACCGCGGGGCUCGUCAGAUUCGGAAUGCCAAAUACAAGCUCUCUAUCUCUUGCGUCACGUGCAAGUUUUGCAGCAGCUUUCCCCCCUCCGCUCCGAACCGGUUCCCUUUGCGAGCAAGAAGACAGACUCGCUCAGCUGUUGCGCACAACGAGGUCCGAUCACCGAACGGUAGGCAUUCUCCCUCCCAUGUUUUUUUUUUUUUUUUUUUUUUGUUAGUACUCAACCCAUCCUACCCACCCACCCAUAAGAAAUGCUCUGUUUAAAGCACAAGCCCACAAAAAGAAAACAGGAUGAAAUAAGAAGGACAAAAAAAAAAAAAAAAGAAAAAAGAAAAAAAGAAGAAGAAGCACAACUGCAAGUCGGUGGCUCCGUUCUAAUUAAAGCUUCAAAACUUUCUUUUAUUACUCCUCUAAUUAUUAAAUUGUUGAUAUUGAGAAAUAAGCUCGAAAUAAUAAAGAAAGAAAGAAAAAAAGGGGAUAAAAAAAACA